AUGCGGCAUUGGCUGCCAUUUACCCGUCGCUACUUAUCCAGUCAUCCCGAAGCUAUGAAGUAUCUCACCUCCGACGAGAAACACCAGUUGGCGGGUGAUUACUUCGCCCCCGAGGGGCUUUAUGAGUACAUCAAGAGUUUGCCUUUCACGGGUCGAGUAAAAAGCAACGUCACAUCGCUCACAGCUGGUGAAUGGACCGAGAUUUUGCUGGAAUAUGAAGUCGGUGGCUCUGGUCUUGCUGACGGUGCCUGGAUCAAAGGCACUUUCAAAUUCUAUUCUGACUGGGCACUUUUCCAAACAGCGGACCCUACAAAAGACAACUAUGUCAGUGCGGAGUAUGUUCCAAACACCUUAUUUCCGGGACAAACUCCAUCGACAGUUCAAUCCUUGGGCAUUCGCUUUGAUCAAAAAGGGCACGAGAGACCUUUUCAGAAGGCCGUUAUUGUCGAUAUCCAGGACGGCUACCUGAACCCAGGAGACAAGAUCCUGAUUCGUUUGGGUGAUCGCCGGUUUGGAGGCAAAGGUACACGCGUACAAACCUUCGUAGAGAAGGAUUUCCGUUGGCGAUUCUACAUAGAUCCAGUUGGAACCUCGUGA